AAGCCAAAAGAUGAACUCAAAGAAUUGCUGCCUUUGGCUGAUGUUUGUCUUUGUUGGAAAAGAUUUUGCUUCUUUUCAAGGAUGCAAGAACAAAUAUGAUGCGGUGGCUAGGAAUAUUGCUUUAGUCAAACCAAAAGCAUCAGUGAUAGUAGCUUGGGGUGAGUCAGGGGCGGCGGGGCAGGUAUCGGGUGGGGAGGUGGUGGACUCGCCAGCCUGCCCACCACCUGCAGUGGUGGACACACUGGGAGCUGGUGACACGUUCCUAGCUGCCACCAUCGUCUGUCUGUCCCAAGGCUACGACCUGCGUCAGAGCAUAGCGGCAGGCUGUCGGGUCGCUGGAGCGAAAGUGGGGGCCAGUGGCUUCUCAGCGGUCCACCCACAACUCAUACAGCUGCCAAUGAACUCUUGAUCACAUGUGUGUUGAGGAGUAGGGAAUAAUUUGGUGCUCAUAGAACGAAACUGUGAUGUUUUCAAUAUAAAUAUGCGAACAAAAAUCUCAAACAAAAGGUAUAAAUUCCUUCUGAUAUAAAAUAAUAAGAGGAAGAGAAUUACUAUUAGAAAAUAAGCAUUACAGUGAACCCUGUGAUAACACUUAUACAUGUUGAGGAAACUUGAAGAUAAUAUAAGCAGGAGUACAUUACUCACUGUAUAUUAUGCUCCGAUCCAAAGUUUGCUGGUUUAUUGUAUCGUUUUCUGGGGUUCAAGUUCUUGUCCAUAAAUGUUUGUUUUACAAAAGCUAUUAAAAUAUUUAUGGUGAAAAAAAUCAAA